UUUUAACCUAUUUUUCAUUCAUCAUGUAGUAGGUGUUUCAGUAAACAUGUGUAUCAGUUUAUAAACUGAUAAACUAAAAUCAUUUGUUUAGUAGGAUAGAACGCAACUUUUUUAAAAUUUAAGUUAACUUAAUUUACGCCUUUUUUAAGUGUAUAUAGGGUGAACAUGGGGAAGAACGAUAAAUCCGGUCACAAGAUUACAAAAGGGAGAGUGAACCGAUUCGACGUGACCCCGGCUUUCCGUGGAUUGCUCCUGGAUCUAACGGUAACAUUUCUCAUAGAGCAGCCGACAGAUAUCAUCCAAUUCGGGAUCGAUUAUUUUGCCCAGUUGAAAUCAAAAUACACCUCGACGGUCCGAGAGCGUUAUCUGGCAGAAGAAGAGGAAGAACAGCAACCACAGCAGCGACAGGAUUCGCCGGAAGCUGUGGAAGAGCAUGUAGAAGAAACCGUUCGCCCGCCCCCCAGGGUUCGUAGGAAGUCUGUAUUCGCGGAAGCUUACAAUCCUGAAGACGACGCCGACGAUGAAGAACUGCCGACCGUUCAUCCCAAGACGGACGUCCAGCGAGCUGCUCUGGAAACUCAUGUCGGGAAGGUUUUGAUUUUCAACGGGUUGGGCAAAGAAGAGCUUUCUACAGUCCUUGACGCCAUGUUCAUUAAGAAAAUUGCAGCAGGUGAGGACGUCAUCAAGGAAGGAGACGAGGGAGAUUAUUUUUACGUUGUCGAGAGCGGCAAGUACAAGGCUUUUGUACGUACUGACACUGGAGGUCAAAGACAAGUUUCCACAUACGAAAACAAUGGCAGUUUUGGUGAGUUGGCUUUGCUCUACAGCAUGCCGCGAUCCGCUACGGUAACUGCAGUCACAGAUGGCUCUGUCUGGUGUCUCGAUAGAGGCACCUUCAGAAAAAUAGUACUCAAAAGCGCCUUCAAGAAGAGAAAACUGUACGAAGAACUGAUCGAACAAGUGCCCAUGCUUCACCAGUUGAACCCUUUCGAGAGGACGAACCUCGCUGACUCUCUUUCUUCCAAGACCUUCCAAAACGGUGACAUCAUUAUGAGAGAAGGCGACGAACCGGACGGAAUGUACUUCGUCGAAUCGGGCAAAGUAGUCAUCAGAAAGAAAGACAAAGACAAGGAAGUAAUCUUGACGACGAUCAACAAAGGCGGCUACUUCGGCGAACUCGCCCUCGUAACUAAGUCCGAAAGGGCGGCGUCCGCAUACGCCAUUGGAGUUGUACGUUGCGCUUUUCUCAAUAUCGAAGCUUUCGAGAGGUUACUCGGUCCGUGCAAAGAAAUAAUGGCUCGAAACGCCGAGAAAUACAAAGCGGCGCAAACGGAUGAUCCAGAUGGCGUCACGAAUGAAAAUAGAGACUAAAUAAUUUAACGUAAUAAAUUUACUUAUUGGGUCAA